AUGACCUUCUUUGCAAGUGUACGCCAGGGCUUUGGCCGCGCAAACACAAAGAGCAACAGCAAUCUCAAAGCAGCAGCAGCAGCAAAUGGUGCUUCAACAUCAAACUCAAACAUCCCGCCAUUACCUUCUAUGACAAAUUCUCCUUCAGUGUCAUCAUCCUUGGGUAUGGACAGCAACUACAACGACGGCGAGCCAAAAAGGUUCUUCAGUGAGAAAUACGCCAAAUGCUCGGUCAAGGGAAACUUUUUGACAUUGGCUGCACAACCCAAGAAUGUGGAACUGGGAGAGUGGUUGGCACAUCAGUUGGUUGAGAUGAAUCGUCUUCUCACUGGUAUGAUCCAAGUGAUCCAAGAAGUUGACACCAAUACUGGCCUUGCAAUCUGUAAUGAGAAGAGCUGCCCCACUAUGUCAGCUGGCCGGCUCACAUACACUUGGCUCGAAGGCGGUCGCCCUGCCAAAAUCCCUGCUCCAUCUUAUAUCACUCGUGUCCAGAAAUGGAUCGUUGGCAAGAUUCACGAUCCGGCCACCUUCCCUACCGACCCCCCCACGUCAGUUGCAUCUACCGCCUUCGCUUCUGGUGACACAUCGUCACCUGCCAACUAUUCUACUGGAGCUCCUAUUGCUGCCCCGCCCACUUCUCUCUCCGCUCCGCUCUCCCAACUCUCCGGCCAACAAAAUGACUGGGUGGGCAAAUCUUCCGGCUUUCCACCCAAUUUCCAUGCCGAUGUCCGAAGCAUCAUCAAGCAAAUGUUCCGCUGCUAUGCACAUCUGUACCACGGUCACUGGGAGAACCCGUUCUGGCACAUUAAUCGGCACUUGGAGUUGAACAGUUGUUUUGUGCAUUUCGUCACUGUCGCCAUGUACUAUGACUUGCUAGGCCGAAAGGACAUGGAGCCGCUACAGGGAUUGAUCGACAUAUUUGUUGGCCAGGGGGUGAUUCCGAGGGAAGCUGUCCAGCAGCAUACGGGCUAA